CGCUGCUGAAUCGAAAGUGUAUUACUUUCGAUUCAUCAGCGCUUGCGAUUCGAUUCGUUCGAUUCACUUAGCGGAGUCGUUUAGACAGACAGACAGAUUAAAAGCAAACACAAUGUUCGAAAGGUGAAACCGGUUUCCUUUGAAGCUCUACAAUUGUCUGUUGGACUCUCUCUUUUUUUUUUAAAAUCCAAACUAUGGACUCUAUUUGAGUUUUCAUCCGAAACACCGCCCUGUCUUGUUCUCCAAAACAAACGAAUCGAAACUCCCAAUUCCAGAGUCGUUUGCCUGUGCUAGCCUUGUUUAUCAUGUGAGGUCGUUUCAUGUGCCAUCAGUCGCGGUGAAACCUGAGGUCGUGGGCCGGCGAUGACGGCGCCGGUGUACUUCGUCGACGGCUCUCCGCUUAGAGAUCCGCUCUUCACAGCCGUGAUCAGCGAAAGGAUGCGGGUCCCCGAGCGACUCCGGGUCACUCAGGCGGCGGCGGAGGAUCUGAAAGCCAGGGCUGAAGAUCUUCCUGCUGCCUUCAGCAUGCACGUCCCUGACAGACUGGCACUAACAGAUGCUCCUGACCUGAGUCCACGGCCCCUCUUCUUCCAAAACAACGCUAGAGGUCAUGCGUCUUCCGUGUGGAACCUGCAGUACGGCCCCUGGGAUAGGCAAGCGUACCCACGAGAGCACGUCCAGAGUCCGCUACGGAGAUCGAACAGCGACCAGACUUUCGGUAGGACCCCACGUGGGACGCCAACGCACUCCAAACACUCUUCUUCAUCCAGCCAGAGCGCUGGAACGAUGCCCGCCGUACCCACGGACUCGGCCCUGCCUGUUCCCCAGGGGUUCGGUGCUAUUGCCCCCGUCCUCCUGACACCCCAGAGCGUCCUGCAAGCCGCCAGGGAGCUGGGCAAGCAAGCCUCGCACAGAAUCCUCCAGACUGUCAGUCAGAAAUACUCCUCCAGGUUCGGUUUCCCAGAAAGUCCUCCACCUCAGCCAGUAGAGGAUCACGCUGAUCAGGCCAGGAAAAGCACCACACAGGAGUUCUGGCGCAGUCCUGAGGAGGAGAGCGGAACUACAGUCGAAUUAAUAGUGCUGCGCCGCCAGAUGAUGAAGAUGAACAGACGGAUAGCAAGUCUGGAGAAACAGAACGCUGAACGCAGGCAGAGCGAACUGAUAGUCUUCUCUGUGCUGCUUUCUGCCUGUCUGAUCAACGGCUGGCUCUGGAUGCGCAAAUAAAGCCCUCUGGGAGAUCAGUCCAAUUUACCCGUGUCCUCUCCGGCAACACAACCUGCGAUUUAACUGUGCACUUAAUACAGCACUCGGCGUAGGAGCUCACUGUGACCUGAGGUAGGUUCGAAUCAGGAGUGCUGCAGGAGUGUAAGAGCGAGCUCAACCUGCGAGUUGGAGGAAUUUUGGGAAGGUCACAAGAAGCAGCUCUCUCAUAUCCAGCGUGUCCCGUUAUAACGCCGUCUCAGAAGGCGAAUAUAACCGAGUGCCUUCGUUUAUUUAGUUUACUUUGAAGAUUCCGACUGGGACUGUAAAGUGCAGCUGAUCACAUUAGAUAUUCUAUCAUAAUUUAGACUUUAGAUCAUUAGGGGUGUCAUGGUUAGUCACUGCUCAAGUUUGGACGUUUACCUCAUUGUUGCCUUUUUCCAAAAUGAAACGCACAUUUCAAUCCGUUAGUUUUUUUUUUUUAAUUUUAUUUUAUUUAUUUAUUUUUUUUAAUCUAGCGGUUGGUUCUUGUGCUUUUUGUGCCCAGCUACAAUUCCCCAAAAACAUCUCGACCCCUUUCCUCCAUCUGGACUUAGCCUAAAUCAUACUACAGCAAUGCUGUUUCUCAGCACAAGGGGGUGCUAUGUUAUAUUGAUGUUAUAAUGAUUGUACAUGUUGUCCCAAAAGUCUCCAUACAUAACACUUUAGCUAAAUUUUUCCUACUUAGUUUAUAUUAUACAUACACACACACAUUAUAUCUAUCUAUCUAUCUAUCUAUCUAUCUAUAUAUAUAUAUAUAUAUAUAUAUAUAUAUAUAUAUAUAUAUAUAUAUAUACACAUACACACACACACAAACAUAUAUAUACAUAUACACACAUUAUAUCUCAUAUUAUAUAUAUAUAUAUAUAUAUAUACACACACACACAUGCAUAUAUACCCACAUAUAUAUCUCUAUACACACACACACACACAUACAUACAUAAUAUAUAUAUAUUGUAUAUAUAUAUAGCUUCCGACGUUUAUGUCUGUUUAUAUUACACAUCCUGACAGUGUUUUGGGCCGUUGUGACCGGGAACAAAAAGCACGAGAACCAAUCACAAGGUAAAAUAAAAAAUCUUUCGAAGACUAGAAAAGGAUGUGCGUAGAGACAUUAGCACAGAGAAUUCCGUAAUAAAUCUCUGCUUUCAUUUUCUCCGUCAGCGACGGUGAUUUUUAUUUUUAAAUGAACGAUUAACCCUGAAACCGUGAUAAUCUAGUCUAGACAAUAAUCAUAGUAUCAUUUCACACUUUAACACUCACUACUAACUACUAAGAUCUGCUCUGGGUUUAAAAAAAAAAAAAUUUUAUUGUUGUAAAAAUGCUAAUUUUGAGCAAACAACAAUUUGAACAGGUUUUUUCACUCUUUGAAUAUGCACUUGUGCUUUUAUAUCUAUAACGCAUGAAUUGUAACGUUUCAGCUGACCGUUUGUACGUUAUUUACAACACUAUAGUGACGUAUGGGAUUUUUCAAACAGACAAAAGAAAACAACGACUGAUUGUUCAGUAUAGUUAUUUAUUGAAAAAAAAUUCAAUAAAAAUUUCAUUAAGGUGGGGGGUGGGGAAAAGAAAAAAAAAAAAAAAAAAAGAAGUAAAAUGUUAUUUGGAACAUGUUCUGGAGUACAACCCAAAUAAUAAAAAGUUCAAAACUGCAAAUGAAA